AUGACGUUUACCCAUACCGUCAAGGCAAAAAAUGGCACUAAUGUUAAACCUUCAAAUAAACAUACUAUAGAAGAAUUCCAAGAAAAAUCAAAAAAUGAACAAAUUUCAUUAAAUAUGGAUUGGGAAGAGGAAUCUAAUUUGUUACCUGACGUAGAAGAUGAGGAAACUGUCAAGAGUUUAGCAAAAAUGACCUAUAACGCAUAUACCGAAGAAGCUGACGGAGACUGGUACGAUUUGGGUGAGAAUUAUGGUGUGGUGGGUUUUGCUUUUCUAAGGGUUGAUGAAAAUAUAGCUACAAAUCAAUCACUUUCUAAUUCCUCUUUUGGUUGGGAAAGUGAUGGUGUCCGAGGACAUGUUUUUAGUGACGAAGAUAAUGAAUUAUUGAUAAUUUCGAUAAAAGGCACUAGUAUGGGUAUUGGUGCUGGACCCACCGUACCCAAAGAUAAACUCAAUGAUAAUUUAUUAUUCUCAUGCUGUUGUGCUAAGGUUGAUCCCUCUUGGAAAACCGUGUGUGAUUGUCAUAUUGGAGGCUUUGAUUGCAAUCUGGAUUGUUUGCAAGAUAGCGUGGACGUACAAGAGAGAUAUUAUACUGUUACCCGGAAUCUUUUUAAGUUUAUUUCUGAUGCUUAUCCGAAGUCAAAAAUCUGGUUAACAGGACAUUCUCUUGGUGGUGCACUUUCUUCUUUGGUUGGUCUCACUUAUGGUAUACCUGUAGUCGCGUAUGAAUCACCUGGUGAAAGAUUACCAGCCAAAAGACUACAUUUACCAGGUCCUCCAGCUAUUCCGUAUGAAAAAAUGAAUAUAUGGCACAUCGGACACUCGGCUGAUCCUAUUUUCAUGGGUGGUAUGAGUAGUUCUUGCUACCUCGGUGGAUAUGCUAUGGAAACUAAGUGUCAUCUUGGAAAGUCAUCUAUGUUUGAUGUCAUUGGAAAAUACAAAUGGCAUCUUAAUAUACAAAAUCAUCGUAUCAGAGUUGUCAUUGAUGAUAUCUUGAAUAAAUGGGAAUGGGAAUAUCCGGAAUAUCUCGUGGAGAGUGAAUGUGAAGAUUGCGGUGCUUGGAAUUUCAUUGAAAAUAUGAACAAUCAAUAG